CGACUGAUUUGCGUGGUCUACACGGAUUUUUGGGGCCAGACGUUCUCGAAUCCUGCCGCGUCAGUACCGAAGUUUCUGCAAAAAGAGAUCACUUCACAGUUAGACACACGACCAUGUCGGAGACUAAAGCAUUGUGGGCGCCUGUCAAGUGGGCGCAGCGCAAGGACGCGCUGUACGUGACCGUGGACCUUCCGGAUGUCAAGGACGAGAAGGUCACGCUCACCGACAAGAACCUCACGUUUAAGGGCACGAGCAACGGCCAGUUGUACGAGGUGAAGCUGGACUUCUUCAAGGAAGUGGACGUGGAGGCCAAGGACAGUAUCUGGGCCAAGACGGACCGUAACCUGCACUUCCACAUCGUCAAGAAGAAUCAGGACGAGGAGUUCUGGCCGCGUCUGCUAGCUGACAAGCACCUGGAGAAGACGAACGUCAAGGUGGACUGGAGCAAGUUUGUGGACGAGGACGAUGACGAGGAGCAGGGCGGCUUCGACAUGAGUGCACUCAACGGUGGCGGUGGCUUUGACAUCAACCAGAUGAUGGCGGCACAGAACGCGGCUGGAAUGAUGGACGACGGCAGUGACAGCGACGACGAAGACAUGCCCGACCUCGACCCCAACGACCAGUAGAGAGACCACGGAGACAGUGAAGGCAGUGUGAAAAAAAGAAGAGGAUGAGACUCGCCCCUUCUUGCGUAAGUGGUAAAGAUGCCGUCCUCUUGCUGCUAGCUCGCUUGUUUUUUGUGUGCUUUUGUGAUACUUGAAUUUAUGUGUCCCAUAAAUUGAAAGUUAGUUGAUUUCUUUGGUGUAGUGAUGACAGGGACGCUACGUUAGAAAUAAAAAAAAAAACUGGUGAAAAUGGACGAUAA